AUGGACAAGAACUACAAGUAUAAUCCAUCUCAAAAGGACUGGGAAGUUGCUGCUAUUGAUCAUGGUUGUCUAAAACGCUUUUAUGAUGCAACUCUCCAUUUUAGUGGUACCAAAUUUCCAACAGCAAAUGUGUUUUUUCUUGAUAUUUGUAGCAUUCAACUUCAAUUGAUGAAAUGGGAACAAAGUGAAUAUGACUUUCUUAGACAUGUGGCUGGUCCAAUGAAAGAGAAGUUUGAAAAAUAUUGGGAAGAGUGUAGUUUGGUGUUGGCAAUAGCUGUAGUGCUUGAUCCAAGGUUUGAGAUGGAUUUGGCGGAGUAUUAUUAUAGACAAAUUCAUGGACGUAAUGCUGAAAAACAUAUUCAACGGGUUCGCAUUACUUUUGUUGAUUUCUAUAUGGAUUAUGAAGGUGAACUUUUACCAUCAUUAGAUCUUUGGAAUAGUGAAAGUGUUUAG